CGAAAAUCAAAGCCUAAACUGACCUAGCCCUAGCUCCAAUCUCCCCUUCACUCUCCAUCUCGUGCACCGCUCUCCCCUUCACUCUCCUCUCCAGAGAAACCCAACAGAAACACAGAAUCCUAACUCCUCUAAGACCGCUGCUCGUCUCCUUCCCUCUGCCAAAAACGGCUUUCACUCUCUCAAAUCCGAAAGUCGAACAAAGGACCUGCCAAAAAUGCGAAUCUCCUCUCACUCUCGCCUCUCUCUCCUUCUCUCAUUUUUUGGUAGUGACGAGGAGAAAGGAAGAAGGACGCAAGCGACGGCGGGCAAGGAGAACUGCCGGCGAUUGACGUCGGCCACGAUGAUGAUGGCGGAGACGAAGGUUUAAGGUCAUUUUUGGUCUUGAUUGUUCGAUUCAAGUGCUCAAUUUUGGUUGGAUUUUGAUUUUUGAGCGAGUGUCUGAUGUAUGUCUCUCUUCUGAUUUCUCGAUUUUUUGUGGGUUCUUAUUUUGGGUUCGAUCUAGGGUUUCUCAUUCCUCUUCUUUUAUUUUUGCUUGAUUUUAAAGCGGGUAUGAGCGAGGAGAAAGCGCAGAUGGCUAGCUCAAACAGGCAGGGGCGGUUCUUUUAAAAUGGCGACGACGUAGAGAAACGCCGUGGUCGAGUUCAAACGGCGGCGGCUGGGUUAGACGUCGACGAGUUCGAAACGGCGGCGGGAGAAAUGCAGCGAGGGUUUCUGCGGGAAAAAAGGAACAAAAGAUGGGAUUCGUCGGUGAAGAGCCACAUCAUCGGCGACGAUGGUGAUGACAGAAAGGUUGAGGCUGUUGCUGUUGCUGUGGAGCUGAUGCACACAAUACUGUUGCUGCCAUUUAUUUCACCGCCACCGCCAGGUUUACCGAAAGACAAUGUUGUUGAUGAAUUGUUGGUGUCGUCUGUGGCAACAGUCACCACGAUGGUGAUUGGGCUGGGGGAGGUGGAUGCGCGAGCGACGAAAGCGGUGGAGGUGUUGGCCGUGGUGACGCACUAGCAUGAAGGGCACAUGGUGACGGUGGUAGCAUGGAGCUACAUGUAGAAAGGCUGAGGCACGUCUCGACGUGACCGGUACCUGACGACGGAGUUUAGCUGGUCGGAGUGCUUCAUCACCAGGUCCUCGUUGACCACUCUUCUAGAGAUUGGCGAAGAGUUCGCUUUCUUCGCCGAACUCGCGCAAUUUUGUUGUCUGUUUAUUCAUUGCCAAAUAAAGUCCACUGUAUCAUUCAAAAAAUAUGCUCAUACUUCUUGUGCUAUGGUGAAUGUACAUGAAAGUUGUUGUCACUUUCGAUUACCUAAAUCAAGAUUCAGCCAUAAACUAAAUAUUACAGUAGCUGGAU